ACGUCAUGCUCCCUCUAACUACAUUGUUCCAUUUCACGGAAUUGCCGGCAUCACUCAAUGAAAUACAAUUAUUGAUUGCACUCUCUCCUAGCUCUCCCCGUCCCUCCUACUUCUCCCUCUCUCGUUUCUUUCCUGAAGUACUGCAGGGAGAGAACAUCAUCGGAAAAAAACACCAUCAGACAGCAACUACCUCAGUUCUACAGUGGGACACCAGCACAUUUACAUUCACAAGACACAAGCAACUCGCCUGGUGCAAUGGCUUAACAACCAGCGAAAUCCACUUUUCCUCUCUCCUUAAACAACGCUUGACCAAUGAACACCACAGCCAGUGAGGGUAACUUCCUGUUGUGACUGCAGACUUCAGGGUUUUCCCUGUUGCAUCUCCAGACCCACCACUCUGAUCUGCUCCCAAACCUCUCUACCCCCCUGUACUCCCACCCCUGAACGUCCAUCAGAGCUAAAAUGGACGACAGCUACGAAAGCAGGACUUCCUUAGUGAAGGGGGCCAAGGACAUCGUCAAGGAGGCCAAGCGGCACGCUGUGAAAAAGGUCAACAAGGUCGUGGACAGCACCACAGACGAGUACUCCCAGCGCAAAUACAGCCGUUUCGAGGACGAGGUGGACGAGGGGGACGACUUUUACCGUAACCCUCCCAGGCAGGACGGAGGCUACAAUGACAAUGACCAGGCCAGUGAUGCCAGCGACGCCACAGAGGGCCAUGAUGACGAAGAUGAGAUCUACGAAGGGGAGUACCAGGGAAUCCCAGCGGCCGGAGACAGGCAGGCCAGGGAGGGGCAGGUGGCUCUGGGGCAGCCCGUCACAGACAGCCUGAAGGACCGUAAGGAGCUGGAGCAGGAGAGGCAGGCGGACGAGGAGGAACUGGCCCAGCAGUAUGAGCUGAUCAUCCAGGAGUGUGGCCACGGCAGGUUCCAGUGGCAGCUGUUCCUGGUGCUGGGCCUGGCCCUCAUGUCGGAUGGGGUGGAGGUGUUCGUGGUGGGGUUCGUUCUACCCAGCGCCGAGACGGACAUGUGUGCUCUGGGUGGCUCCAACUCCAGAUCUGGAUGGCUAGGCAGUAUUGUGUACCUGGGGAUGAUGGUGGGGGCGUUCUUCUGGGGGGGCAUGUCGGACAAGGUGGGCCGCAGACAGUGUCUGCUCAUCUGCAUGUGUGUGAACGGCUUCUUCGCCUUCCUCUCCUCCUUCGUUCAGGGUUAUGGCAUCUUCCUACUCUGCCGCGUGAUCGCAGGCUUUGGAACAGGGGGAGUUGUACCCAUCGUCUUCUCCUUAUUUGCGGAGGUGCUGUCCAGAGAGAAGAGAGGGGAGCACCUGAGCUGGCUCUGCAUGUUCUGGAUGAUAGGAGAGAUCUAUGCUUCAGCCAUGGCCUGGGCCAUUAUACCACACUACGGCUGGAGUUUCAGUAUGGGUUCUGCCUACCAGUUCCACAGUUGGAGAGUGUUUGUGGUCGUCUGCGCCCUGCCCUGCGUUUGUGCUGUUGUGGCUCUCACUUUCAUGCCCGAGAGCCCCAGGUUUUACCUGGAGGUGGGGAAGCACGACGAGGCUUGGAUGAUCCUCAAGCAGAUCCAUGACACCAACAUGCGAGCGCGUGGGCAGCCGGAGAAAGUCUUCACCGUGAACAGAAUCAAGAUCCCCAAGCAUUUGGAUGAGCUGGUGGAGAUUAAAUCAGAGUCGGGGAACCCAGUCUCCAAGGCCCUCUUCAGGUCCAAGACAGAGCUAUGUGGGAUCUGGGUUAACUUUAUGAAGUGUUUCGACUACCCUCUGAAAGAAAGCACUAUCAAGCUAGCUAUUGUGUGGUUUACUCUGUCCUUUGGGUACUACGGCCUGUCUGUGUGGUUCCCUGACGUCAUCAAGCACCUCCAGGCAGAUGACUACGCCUCCAAGGUGAAGAUCCACAGCAACGAACACAUCGAGGACUUCACCUUCAACUUCACCAUGGAGAACCAGAUCCACACCAAUGGUGUCUUCAUCAACGACAGAUUUGUUAAUAUGAAGUUGAAGUCCAUCACCUUCAUUGACUCCACCUUCCGUAACUGCUACUUUGACGACGUGACCUCGGUGGGAUCCUACUUCCGGAACUGUACCUUCAUCGAGGCGUUCUUCUACAACACUGACAUCGAUGACUCCAAACUGAUAGAUGACACAGAGGUGAUCAACAGCACGUUUCACCACAACAAGACGGGCUGUCAGAUGACAUUUGACGACGACUACAGCGCCUACUGGGUCUACUUCAUCAACUUCCUUGGAACUCUGGCUGUUCUGCCCGGCAACAUCGUCUCGGCACUGCUCAUGGAUAAAAUCGGACGCCUUUCCAUGUUAGGUGGCUCCAUGGUUCUGUCAGGGAUCAGUUGUUUCUUCCUGUGGUUCGGCACCAGUGAGUCGAUGAUGAUCUUCAUGCUGUGCCUUUACAACGGCCUGAGCAUAUCAGCCUGGAACUCACUGGACGUGGUCACCACAGAGUCCUUCCCUACAGAUAGAAGAGGGACAGGUUUUGGGUUCUGUAACGCUUUGUGUAAGCUGGCUGCAGUGCUGGGAAACCUCAUCUUUGGUUCUCUGGUUGGCAUCACCAAGUCCAUCCCCAUCCUCCUGGCCUCAUCUGUGCUGGUGUGUGGUGGCCUGGUGGGGCUCCGGCUGCCUGAUACCAGGGCCAACGUACUCAUGUAGCCCCAGGAAGGACCACCUGGCCUGUGGAAGACUUGGGCCAAACCUGGUGCAAAGGGUUUGCUUCAAACAUGUCCUAUGGAUGUUUGAGAUUUGAUUUGCUUAUUGCCGCUUGUGGUCUCAAAGGGAGUUCAAUUGCAUAACUCCCCACCCCCACCCC